AUGCUCCACGAGGCAUGGGCAUCCACACCGCCGCGGCCGGCCCCGUCCGAGUGGGGGGCAGGCAGCGAUACGGAUGGGAGCCCGCUGCCCACACCACCGCGUGUGAGUCAUGUGUACGAUCUCCAUGAUCACGAAGACACGCGUCCUUCGACGCCCCCUACGCUGCGUCGAUAUCGCGCCGACACGCCGAGUGACGCGACGUGUCGGCCAUCGCGCCACCCACCGCCGCAGACGCCUAUGGUCUCGUCAUUCUCUCGCUCUAUCGCGAGUCAGCGCAGCGUGGGACGAGAUCUUCAUAAGCUGCGCUCAUCUGUCCGCACGGGAUCCAUGCAUAUACCAGCACGACGCGUGCAGCGAUACCAAGACGACGAAGACGUCAUGCAUGAAAACGACGAGCCACACCAGGGACUGUCGCACGACCGGCCGGAGGACCGGCCUGUCGAGCCGUCGGCGCCAGAGCAGGCGCCGAUGCCCCCCGCCGCGCCUGUCCCCGAAGACGAGGCGCGCGCCUUUGACUAUCUGCAGCUCAUGUGGGACGAGGCGGAGCGACAGCACCAAGCAGGCUUCGUGCCGUCGAAUCCCCAUCACCAAAAGUCCAUGGCCAAAGAGACCACGUUCCGUGGAUGCCGAUUCAUCAAGGUCCGCCGCGCAGGCGAAGGCGGCUUUUCUACCGUGUGGCAAGUGCAUGGCCCUGUGGCGAUCCCCGCCGCCGUGCCUGAUGCAGAGCCGGACGCUGUGCGCAUGGAGUCGGUCGAUGCGCGGCAGCAGGGCUACUUUGCGAUGAAGCAGGUAUCGCUCCGGCGCCUCGAACCCGAGUCACGAGACGAACUCGUCCAGGAAGCGCAGCUGCUCGAGCAGCUCGCGCAGAAACCCGGGCACGAGCAGUAUAUCCUGCGGUACUUUGGACACCGCCUGAAUCGAGACACGCUCAAAAUUUUACUCGAGCUGGGCGACAUGGAUUUCAGCCACAUCCUCAAGGCACACGCACCGCUCUCACGCGUGCAGAUCUGUGAGUACUGGCACCAGAUGCUCGAGGCCGUGCACUUUAUCCACGAAAAGGGCAAUCUGGUGCACUCGGACCUCAAGCCGGCCAACUUUCUGAUGGCCAAGGGCCGCCUCAAGCUCAUCGACUUUGGCAUUGCCCAAAAGAUCCCGAUCGGCACGAUUCACAUCUCGCGCGAGGCCAUCAUCGGCACCCCGAACUACAUGGCGCCGGAGGCGAUCAAAAUCGCCAAGGCACACGGCCGCCGCGUGUACAAGGCUGGCAAGGCCAGUGAUGUGUGGUCACUUGGCUGCAUCUUGUACCAAAUGGUCUACGGACGCCCGCCCUUCGACCGACUCAGCGGCGAGAAAAAGCUGGAGGCCAUCAUGGACCCAGCCCACGACAUUCCCUUCCCACCUCACCGCGUGCUCGACGACCCGACAUCCGAGCCGGUGGAUGCACCGAUGCUCGAAGCCCUCACUACGUCCCUGCGCUACGAUGCUCAGACACGCGCACACAUCCCGGCCUUGCUCAGCAGCGAGCUCUUCCACCACCACCUCGGCGAGACCGUCACCAUCUCACGCAAGACACUCCGUGCCCUCGUCGUACGACUGCAGCAGCACGCCAUCCAAGGCGAGCUCACCGACACCAACGCGAUCCAGCGCGCCGAUGUCUUGUUCGACAACCUGCGCCGCACGGCCUCAUAG